AUUCUAAGUAAGGAAAUCAUCUUAGGAGCUCCAAAAGUUUCUCUAUAAAUACCAUGCACUCACUAUAAGCUGAGAAACAACAAGCACUCAACAUCAGAGUGAGAUUUAUUAGCUUAUAAGUAUUGUCGAAGAUUUAGUAAGUAAUGGCUAAGAUUUCUUAUACCUCCUUCCUCAUCCUUGCUAUCCUUGUCUUCUCAGUUGCAUCGUCAAUGGUGAUGAUAGCAGAUGCGUAGCAGAAGGGGCAAUGCCAGGAAAUAUUGUAUCCCGAUAACUGCAAUCAACAGGAUUGUCAAGAUAAGUGCAUCCAAAAGCAUAAUGGUGGACGUGGAGACUGUAUUGGGUUAAUGCCAGGACGUGAUCUCCAUUACGGAUGCCAUUGUUUCUACCCAUGCUAGAAUCCUACUAAGUGUCUCCCUACAUGUAUGAUGCUACUCUGUUCAUCAUAUGACCAAUAAAAGGCAAGCGUAUUCAACAAAGCGUAAUAUUCUUUUCCCCCAAAAUAAAUGAAACAAGAGGAAAAAUAAGAGCUCCACAAUGAAAUCAACGGAUUAUUCCUACAAGAGUAAAACUAGAAGGGAAAUUCAGAGAGGAUACAAGGAUAGAGCCACCCCAAAACUUGUAUGGCUCUACCAAGAGAACUGAGCCAACUAAGAGAACUUGUUAAAGGACCAAACCCCUACUAACCCUUAACACUACUACUUCUUCUUUAACUAAAAAAAAAAGAGGGCCAUCCCAAAACAGUCAUUUGGGCCUACUCGACAAAUUUGGCCUUCUUCCCACUUCGAUUUUUGGGAGGAAAAAUCCAUAUACCCACGACGGUUAUUUAAAGCAAUGGAAAAACUCACUCGAUUCACAUGUACUAAUCGAGAUGGAAAAUUGACAGUAAAGGAACCCCUCAAGCAUGUGUUGUUGGCAAGACAAUAGAUCCCCACCCCCUUUCUGAGAUUUUAUCUAACUGGUCCUCAAUUUGACUUUCCAACACUUAUUGGUCAUUGUUUAAACCCCCUUCAAAAGAAUCUGAAUCACAAUGGUUCUUCUCACGUUACGCCUACCAUCUGUGUUAAUUACCAUGAAGUUUGAGUAGACUCACCUCACACGAUUUUAUCCAUGCUCGAAGAGAACCAUGCUCCACUUCACAUGGAAGAUGGAUCACAUUCUUUUAUGAGAACUCUUUUUAUUUGAUCUUGACUAAAACACAUGAAAUUUAAAUUUCAUGUGUUGAUUAGGAUUGUACGAAAAUUAGAAUCAUUCUCGAAUGGGGACCUGAUCCGCACUCAUUCAUUUGUAAGGGGAUGAAAUGAUUGCUCUUUCUUCCAUUGCAUCAGCUAAGAGCUUAAUUGCCACCUCCACAUUCAUCAUGCCCUCACUAUGCUGACCUGUCUUAAGAUUUCUCAUUCAAGCACUUCUGCUCCUCACUUGGUCACCCUUGGAUUGAAGAAUAGUCAACUUAUUCUUAUAUCCAUUAAUAUCAGCCAUAGGAACCUGCUCACAAAAUGCAUGCGUGCCAGUUGUUUUACCUAAAAUAUGCCUCUAGCCACUUUGAUCGAUCCCUUCCUUAGACUUGGUAUUGCCCUCAACAAGGAAUGCAUGCCUACUACAGCUGCCAAUCUAGGCUGCACAAAUCGCAUAUUAGGAUCACCAGCCCGCCCCUCCCUUUGCUUGACACUCCCAUUAGACCCAGCCCUCCCCCACGGCUAGAAGAGCCAAGCUCGCAUAUCUGUUCACUCCUCCGAGAGAGUGAACAGUUGCAGCAACAUAUUCGGCAUUUUGCCACCUCAACGCUGUAAAAACGAUGGCCAACUGAACCACAGUUUUUGAUCGUAGCAGCAGCCACUGGAGCUGCUCGGCUGCAUAGUGUAUGUUAAUGUCUUCUUGUGUGUGUCUCUCCUUUUAUAAUUGGAGGCAAAUAUAUUAUUUCAUAGGAGGGAGGAGCGGUAGAGUCAUAGACACAAGAAGGCAUCAGUUUACGUUAUGCAGCAAAAUAGUUAUUAAGAGAAAGAGUGCUAUUCAAGCAUGAUCCUUACACUUGAGGAUGUGCAUCGAUUCGAUUUUGAUGUAGACGAUUCAAUUCAAUUUGAUGUAAAAAAUUUGAAGUGAAACCAAGACCGAACCAUUUAAUAAAUGGUUUUGCAUAUUAAAACCGAAAUCAUUUAUUCGGUUCAAAUGAUAUUAAACUAUUUUUUUCUAUUUUCUAAUUUUUUUAUCCAAACAACUUCUUUACCUUUAAUUUUUUUUUUGUCAAAUGGAUGUAAACUUUAACACUGAAUUGAAUUAUUUUAUUUUUAUAUACUUUUUUAAUAGUUGUUUAAUAUAAACUUAAUUUUUUUUAUUGAAAUAUAUGUUAACUUAACAUGACUUAAACUUUCUAUGCCUAUGUUAAUCGGUUUAACAAUUUUAAUAAAUGAUUUACGAACUAUUCAAAUUUUAAAAAUCUAAAUCGAAAUGGCUUCAAUUUUAAAAUCAAAAUAAAUCAUUUAUUAAACAGUUUUAAAAUUUUGAUAUAAACGACUUGAUUAAAGUUUCAAUAAAUAUUUCAAUUUCAAAUUCACUUCUUACAUAUCCCACUAAUAUAACUACACACCCCAACACCAAUAAGGGAUAAGAUGUAUCUGACAUUAGAUGAUAAGAAUGGAAAAAAAAAAUUGUUACUGCCUGAACAGCUGCAACCCCAUGGUAACAGUCAAGGAAAUAGAAUCCCAGGGGUAGAUUUGAAAAUACCUACUUUGAGUGAAUAUUUUCACCGCUAUCCUGAGAUUUCAUUUUCCUAAAUAUUACCGGUACCAGGGUUACAGCAGCCAAGUUUCGUUCGUAAGAAUGCACGAAGUAACGUUCUUUUUUCCGUAAUUAUUUAUUUUUUCUAAAAAACAGUUGCGUAGUCUUGGAAUUGAUAUUACCAAAAAAUAAUAAUAAUAAUAAUAUUGGAAAUCGUUUCGGAAUAAAUUUUGGGUUUUUUUAAUUUGUCGGAAGACAACGUGGCACCAGCAAACACCCACAUCGUUGCAUGGAAGACGCGUCAACCACCACGUGGCAUCAAUUCAGGAGAGCAAAGCAGCCUCCCAUAGUGGCUAUAAAGAGUGAAGAAGAGAGAGGGAUCCGCUCGUUCUGGAUUUGAUUUUGAUCUUACUCUGUUCUUUGAAACUACUGAUAAGACUUCUUUGAAUCCGUUUUGACCUCUCACCUCUUGUUGUUAGUAGGGAAAGAAGACACGAACAUGAGGGCAGCGAAGGAGAAAGUGAGUGACAUGGCCAGUGCUGCUAAGGAGCACAUCAACAUUGGUGGUGCCAAGGCUGAAGAGAAUGCAGAGAGGGCAGCUGGAGUGGAUAAGGAUGUCGCCGAGGAGAGAAGGAAGGUCAAGGAAGCCCAAGCCAAGAUGGAACUUCACGAAGCCAAAGCCGAGCACAGGGCCGACCGAUUGGAUGCGAAACAACAAUCUCACCUCUACGGCCAGCAAGGCCAACAUCAAUAUCCGAUUCCGACACCCGGUGGACAGUAUCCCAUGGGCGGCGCCACCACUACAGAUGUGGCUCCGACGACCGGUACCACGGGUCCUACUUACCCCGUCGGAGGAUACCCUCCCACAACUAAUUAUGGGUAGAUGGCUAGCUUCCCAUUAAAACCGCAACUCUUGUUUGCGAUGUUGUGGUGUUUAAUACUUGUGCCUAUGCCUUCUCUGUAAUCAUAAUCUUUGUAAAAUAAUGGC